AUGGAUCAAAAUUAAAAAGUAUGCCCUAAAUGCAAUUCAAGAGAAAAAGUUGUCAAAAUAGUUUAUGGAAAACCAGGAGCUGUAUUGAUUGAAUAAGCAGACAGAAAAGAAGUAUUUUUAGGAGGAUGCCGUAUUUCUGAAAAUCCAGAAAAAUGCCUCGAUUUCUCUUUCUUGAGCUCGAAUUUAGCAAAAUCUUAUUCCAAAGAGUGA